AUGACCCGGGCUCUGUGGCUCGACGGCCUGCGGGGCAUCGCCGCCGCCAUUGUCGCGACGGACCACUACUUCAUGGGCGCCGUCUUGCACGCCGGCUUCCGGUCCUUCUGGGCGGAUCCGCCCGAGGACAACCGCCGGCUGAUGCAGCUGCCUCCCUUCCGCCUCGUCUUUGCCGCCCACGCCAUGGUGCCCUUGUUCUUUGUCAUUUCGGGCUACGCCAUCUCCAUCAACCUCAUCCGCGUGAGGGCCGGCAACAACUUCAACCACAAUCACAACAACAGCAGCAGCAGCAGCAGCAGCAGCGAGAGCUUGCUUCGCCGCCUCGCCUCGGCCGUCACGCGCCGCGGCUUGCGCAUUUACCUCCCCGUGCUCUGCAUCACCGUCAUCUCGCAGCUCCUCUUCUUCCUCAACCUCUACUCGUGGGAGCCCGGCGAUGAGGUAGUCUGGGGCAGGAAGCCCUGGACGGCGCCCUGGUUCCAUGUGACCUUUGUCGCUCGGUACAUGCUCGACAACAUCAACAUCCUCGCCAUCCAGUACAACGGCGGCCUCAAUGGCCAGCUGUGGACCAUGGCUCUCGAGUUCCGCGGCUCCUGCGUCGUCUAUCUCCUCAUUCUGGGCCUGGCCUUUUGGAAGCCGAGACCCCGGCUCUGGGUGCUUGUAGCGUCAAUGGCCUACUGGUUCUACUUUGGCUUUUGGGACGUCGUGGGAUUCUUGGCUGGGUACUGGCUGGCUGAGCUGCAAGUCUUGUCAGAGUUGCAGACUGUCAGCACCGAGACGGAUUAUCCGUUGUGGCUCAAGCCGUAUAUCCCAGUCCAAGCACGAUCCGUCAACUUCAGCGCCAUCCGGACGUACGCCAUGUUCGUUGCCGGCAUCUGGCUCCUCUGCUUGAGCGACGACGGUGCCCUCCCACCGGGGUAUCAGUUCUUACAGAUUGCCGAGUCCUCGCGAUGGGAUGGGAACUGGGGGAUCAUUGACAAGACGUGGAAAACAGUGGGCUCCGUGCUGGUAGUCUCUGCCAUCAGCACCACAAAGACGCUUCAGUCCCCCCUCAACACCAAGUUCGUACAGUAUCUGGGGAGGAUCUCUUUCUCGCUGUAUCUCGUGCAUCAGUCCAUCUACCACUUGUUCAGCGACCCUGUCAGAAAGGCCCUUUGGUACAUGGCCACAGGGGGAUCGGAACCUGAACCUGACACUGGUUAUUAUCAAGUUGCAUCCGCAUUCCGUUGGGUUGGGGGCUACAUCAUCGUCACCGCGAUUAAUCUGUAUGCGGCCAAUAUAUGGACGAGAUAUGUUGACGAGCGAUGCAUAAAACUUGCCAAGCAGUUUGAUCAAUGGGUCUCUCAGUAA